AUGGGUGAAAUUUCAGACGUCGUAUCUAUUACAGAGGACGCCCGCGCAUUCAUCGAGGAGCUAGCGGGGCGCAAGGGAACCUUUACAGACGCAUUCAGGCGAGAGGCAGAAGAGGAGGCAAAAAAUGGCCGCAAGGGAAUGCUGCAAGCGAUUCAAGGGGGCGAGGAGAUCCGUCAAGACCUGGCAAAGGCACUGAGAAUCAUAUCAACCGACCUGUAUACGAACCGAGCCCGGUUCCUGAUGGAAGUAAUUCAGAAUGCCGACGACACCAAGUAUACCAAGGACGAAACGCCAACAGUCUUCAUCACCGUCUUUCCCAAGCAUGUCAAGAUAGAAUGCAAUGAAGAAGGUUUCUCCAGAGACAACAUUCUGGCACUGUGUCGGACGGGCCGAAGUUCCAAAACGCCUGGCCGAGGAUACACGGGCGAAAAGGGAAUUGGCUUCAAGUCCGUCUUCAAGCUCGCCAAGCGGGCGCACAUACGCUCUCCGCCUUACUACUUCCAAUUAGACCAGACGAGAGAACUGGGCAUGAUUACGCCGCAGUGGGAUCAAGGCUUCUUUGACCGUCACCAAGAAAAUCAUCAGACGACCAUCAUCCUGGAUCGCAUCUGUGACCCGACGACAGACUUUUCAACUGCGCUCCAAAACGACGUUGAGGCCAUUGACCCUGGCCUCCUUCUGUUCCUACGGCAGAUAGAACGAAUCCAUCUCAGGCUCUUCACUUCCUCCUCGGAUGGCGUACCGGCCAUCUCAAAACGUUUUCAUCGCGCCAAUUGGACACCCAAUUCUGGCUUUGUAUCGCUCAAAGACGAAGAUGCCGACACAAGACGCAACCUGUACAAACACCCAUUUACUAUUGAUUGUGACGGGACCGAGACACAACGUCGAGGCAUUACAAAUACCGACAUUGUGCUGGCAUUUCCUGUGAAGAAUAAGUCACGCAAGUACGUGCCGUUGAUACAGAAGACAAACUUUGUAUUUGCAUAUUUGCCUCUCGGCAAUUUUGGCUUCAGGUUUGUCAUUCAGGCAGAUUUCCUCACAACGUCGAAUCGGCAAUCAGUCGACGAAGACAGCUCCUGGAACAAAAACAUUGCACACGCGAUUCCCCGGGCCUUUGAAGCAGCCAUUGGCAAGUUCAACGGAGGAGACGCCAAAUUGGACGAGCUAUCAAAAAGAUGGCCACUUUACCUUCAUAACGACACCAGUGGCCUGAGUGCGUACUGGCGCAGCAUAACGGAAAGGAUAAAGAAGCACCUUCGUGGAGCGAUCGUCAUCAAGGACCGAACCGGUAGUGUCAGAAAGCCAAAACACCUAAUGUUCUUGGACUGGGCGCAUGACAGCAAUGGUGAGCCGAUGUUUGGGCAGAUGUGCGACUACGUCUCCCCCGAUUAUCCCGAACCAGUCCGCGAAGCGCUUUUGUCUCUGGGCGUCUCUGCCCCUAACUGGCGAUGGGUGUGCCACAGGCUCCAAGAGCUCCACGAUGAAAGCUUGCUUCACAUUAGGGGGCGAAGCAAGGUGUGGUACUCGGAUCUCGCCAAGGUGAUUCUCGGGCCACAGGAGCCCUUGGAUCAUACAAAGUAUGCCAGAGACUUGAGAACCAUUCCCCUGAUUCCUCUGGCCGAUGGUACCUGGAGGUGUCCCCCUUCUGAAUGUGAACCAAUCUACUUUCCGUCAAGCUUGGGCACGACCAUCCCCCCUGGACUGCCACUAUCCCUGGUCGACGCAGAAGCUUGCACUUGCCCCAAGAGGAGAAAGCUCUUUGGACUCCUUGGGGUAAAGGAUUGUGAUGCCCCUAAUGUAGUCGAGCGGAUCAUCAACUACCACAUCGACUUUAGGUUGGCAAAGCCUAUUCAUCUCAUCGCUCAGCUCAAGUACCUCUACAGGAUGCAGGAGCACCUGCGACCAGGUGACAUGGACAAGGUAUACUUUGUGUGCUCUAAUAGCGAGGACUUGCGAAGAGGUACUUCGACAUAUGUCGACACUUCCAUUAGUGGCGAGCUACAACAACUUUUCUCCGGUUACAGCGAGGCAUACUUUCUAGACAGCCGCUACUUUGAAGAAUUCGGUUCUUCUGAUAGAGAAAAGCUGGCAGAAUGGCUGGCAGAUACAGCCGGUGUGGCGUUGGUCCCUCGCUUCAAUGUCGCUUCUGGGCUGCACAGGGAUUUCAAAUGGUUGCUGAAAAGAAAGAGCAAUCAGAUCUUGUCUAUCUUGUAUCAGUACUGGGACUGUUACAAAGAGAACUUGACGAACGCGGCAAAUCUAACACUAGCAAGUCAUAAAUUCAUGUGCAGACCGGAAUGUCGAGUUCCUUUGCGCAAAACCUACAUCCCCUUGCCCACUCUUGUAGAGAAGACAGGAGCGUUUGGUGAUGCCGAUUGCUGUCACUUUCUGACUUUGCCUAGUGGGGACCCGGAGAAUUGGAAAUUCUUAUCAGUCUUGGGUGUCGGACUGGAUCAAGGACUCGACUUUUACUUGUGGAUACUCAACCAGCCCGGCUUCAACAACCACAAAGAUGUUGACAAGUCACGACAGCUUUACCUGGCGAUCCAGUCGCGAGCUUUCUCGCCUACCGACAAGAAGAAGGUCAAGAAAGCGUUUGGUAAUCAACUUGUAAAUCUCCCAAACGACGAGUAUAAGCGCCUGAAGAGCUGUGUGUGGCAUGGGCCCAAGAACCUCUUGUCCAAGCCUGCCUUGUACCCAGUCUACGGCCAUGGACUAGACCGGCUGUUUCGAGAAAUCUUAGAAGUACCAGACGCUACGUGUGCUGAAACUCUAGAAUACCUCGAAACGCUUCGGAAUAACGAGUCGACGACAAUGGCAGAUGUUGCUGAAGCGUAUGUGUUUCUGCAAAACUACCACGCAGACACGUUCAACGUCGAUGACAAGACGGCCUGCAUCGCCGUGCCUUCAUCGGGGUCUGCCCUCGAGUGGAAAACGCCAGCUCAGUGCGUGUGGGACGAUGAUGAGUUUUCGCAGAAUGGACUCGAGCUGGAGAGCAAGAUGUCCAUUCGUAGCACCAUAGAGAACCAUGCGCCCAUGGCAAAAGCCUUCUUCACCAAACUUCUCAAACUCCCAAACGCUGGCAUCCGCGAACUCCUCGCCGACUUGGCACUGAUGCAGGAAACGAAGCGCGAUGCUCCGAAGCGAGUGUAUCGACUCUACGAGAGAGUUGAAAGCUGCCGGCGCAGCUGGCCAGAAAGGAUAAGGCAUGCGUCCACGCCCAGAAUGCGCCAAGUAGCUAACCGUUUGGACAGAAAGGCUUUCAAGAAGAGACCCCUCGUUUUUCUCCGCGGUAUGAACGACCAAAAUAGCCAAUGGGUUUCAAUCGAGGACUGCAUCUGGACCAGGUCGGUUCUGCGGUACAAGCAUGCCCUCAUGCCUUCGUUGAAUCAGUAUCGCGGUCUCUUCCGAGACGCCUUGGAAGUGCCGAAUGCAACCAUGGAUAUGCUAGUCACUGAACUGCUAGAACCAGCAAUGGACAUGGAAGACAAAGACGGAUAUCAGCACGUUAAGGAGCUGUUGCAGGAAAUUGCUCGCCUGCGGCCGAAUGGUAGGGUGCUAGAACGACUGGAUGGCAAAGACUGCUGGCCGUGCCGAACGCCAACGUGUUUGCAUGACCUUUGCUCGAUGGGAAGUUUCUACGUUAACGACCGGCAGGAUCUGUUUGACAUCUUUACUAAAACCCACACCUUUCUCGACUUCGACUUUAACGCCUCGAGAAAGCUUGCAGAUUUGCUUUGUAAUCGAGGUUGCGACUCGUUUCUUUCCGAGAAAGUUUCUACAGAGAUAGAAUUUCGCGAACCCCUAGAACACCAUCAUGACCUUAUGCAAGACUUCCGACUUCGUGCAGAUGCACUUGUAAAGUACUUUGAGUAUGCCGAGUGCGAGUCACCCUACGAGCUUCGGCCGCUCCUAGAAAAUGUUGAAGUCUGGAUGAGUGAAGACAUAAAGACGCACUAUACAUUGGAAGACACUACCGUGACGAAGAGCGGAGGAGGUUCCAGUGUAAAGGUUAGUAUUGGAGUAGGCAAGACUCCCAAGCUGGAUAUUUACGUCUCCACAAACAAGCAUGUGCGCUCCUGUGCGCUCAUAACAGACGUUCCAAAACAGCUUGUGGAAGCAUUAAAGCUUGAACCAGCCGAUCUCUCAGAUCUUCAUGCCAUCCUGCAGGUGCCACCCGCCUCGUUGGAGGCCUUGCUAAUUAAAAGAGGCAUCACUGGCGGGGAUGCCUCAGACGAUGACAAAGAUACUUUGGUGGCACAACUCCUUAACGAAGACUGGCAGAUCCAGAGCGAUGACAGCUCUGGUAAUGAUACUGAAGAUGCAUCGACGACGUCUGCCAGCAGUGUUAGCCCGGAUUCUGCAAGGUCGGCCGUUAUCGAGUAUACGAGUGCUUCUGCAGCAUCCAGGGCUACGCAUACGACUCAACGAUCAAAUGUGCAUCAUCGAUCUAGCUUUAGACCGAUCACUCCCAGGCCUGACUCGCAGGAUCCUCUGCAUGAACCUGCACAUGAGAGCCCGACUGAGCGACCAGUCACAUCCCGUCGUACAGCCGCUGGUCUUUACAACAUAUAUAACCGGAGGCGGAACAUGGAGCGGCUUCAAACCUUCGCCCAAAACGCGAAUCCUACAUCGUAUCGACCCGAGAGGUCAAACAGUCAGUCUGGGAGCAGUGGAGGCGCUUUUAACUUGAGCAUGUUGAGGGAGACUCUCGAGGCCGCUGGGCCUGCUCCGGUAUCGAUGCCGGUCCCGGUCGAUCCUUACCGGCGCCGACGAACAGUGCUGAUUCCGAAUCGUAAUGACGAGGAAAUGGCCCGUGACUUUGAAGUCGGCUUUCUGGGAGAACAGUUUGUAAGUUCCCUGGGCGCCGUGAUUUGCUACAUCUGUCCAGGUCAGAAGCUCACGCUGGUCGAGGUAUACACCUUGCUACACGAUACGCUCGAACUACCCGACUUCACGGGCGAGGACAACUGGACCAGCUCGCUGCGCUCUCGGGCUGGCUUCCCGGCCUUCGGCCGCGAAGUGUCAGAUUUUACCUAUAAGGAUACUCAGGGCGCGCUCACCAGCCACUUCCUACAGAUGCAGCACCCGUACGACACACCCGUGUGGCUGUCCACGGUUUGUGACAAUGGUAAUAUGCCCAUAUAUCGACUAGAAGUCAAAAGCACAACGAGCCGGGAUCCCAGUACCACCUUCUAUUUGAGUGGCGGUCAGUACAAGUUGGCAAAGAAGCUGCGGGUUACCUCGGCGACGCCGUCAGAGGUCUACGUCAUUCUGCGCAUUUCGGGCUUGGAUGCAUUGGAAGAUGGAGCGGGACACCGACCAGAGUGUAGAGUGUAUCUAGAUCCUUACACUCGCGGCGAGGAGGGCAUACUGGACUUUGUUGCACCCACCUAUGCCGUUACGGCUACUACAUAG